GUCCGUUUGCAAAACUUUCCGUAGUGAGACAAGAACGUUUCAGCCCAGCUGUCAUGUGUCGGCUGAAGCGACCGGAUAAUUAGCUUAAUGUCAAAGUGGAAGAAGUGUCACAAUUCAGAUUAUCUGCUUGAGUUUUAGUCGACAGCGCUGGAUGAACCGCCGCUGCUGACGUUAUUUAAACCGAGACAACUAACUGACAACGGCAGCGAGAAGUUACAUCGACUUAUCGCAGCUUCGGUCCUUUAACGAGGGUUCAACUCUGCCCUCGCCUCGGCUAACUAGGACAACCUGUUCUUGUUUGAUCUAACCAUGGACGCGGUUGUGAAAUUCACAAGUCAGAGUCAAGGAAGAGACCGUGUAUUCAGAGCAGCCCAGUAUGCAUGUGCUCUGUCAACAUAUCUACUCCGAAACAACUCGGAGAGAAAGGAGCUCGUGGCAAAGCUUAAAAGUCUGGAAGCCAACAUGAGUGCUGGACGAAAAUUGUUCAGGCUGGGAAACACAGUCAAUUCCAUUGAGGCUGCUAAGCGAACCAUGCAACUCUCUGACCGAGUGCUGUGUCUGUGCCUUACUGCAGCCAACAUCAACCGCGCCUUCUACUUUAUCUGUGACAAUAUACUUUGGGCCAGAAGUGUCAGUCUUAUCCGCGAUAUUGACAAGGAACGUUGGAGCCUAAACGCCUCGUGGUGCUACUUCUUGUCGCUAGUUAUGAAUCUGACCAGAGAUGUUUAUGUCGUCCUCCAGUUAAUGAUGCAGAGAGCAAGAGAUAAGCGCUUUAGACAGAAAAUGGAUCAGCAUCUCAAUGAGAGUCCUGAAGUGGCUGAAGUUGUCAUUCCUCAGCUGGAUGCUUUGCUCUUUCUGCUGUUGGACAGCCUCAAAUCACAUCCAGCUGUUGCCUUGGACAUGCUGAAAAACAUUUGUGAUCUCUUCAUUCCCUUAGACAAGUUAGGUAUUUACCAGUCAAAUCCAGGAGUGGUUGGGUUUUGUGGUCUGAUAUCCUCACUGAUUGGGAUUUUAACCCUUGCACAGCCCAAGUUACGAAUCAAACCAUGAUAGCGAAGGUAGAGAUAAACCUUACUGACUAACUGGAGAUCAGAACGCUUAUUAUGACAGGUGACAGGAUUUAGUGUCAUCUAGCUGGAGCUUUACUGGUGGACUGAGGUUAGCCUGGUGCGCAAUGAGAUUAGGCAACACACCACAGGCACAUUUUGUAACAUUUAUGUUAGAAUGGCAGUUAUGUUUAACACCAAACUCAGGCUAGCAAUAACUGAAGGGCUUGGUUUAAAAAGGAGCAAAUCAAGUUAAUAUAGUAUCCUUGUUUAUUUUAUUUUACUUUUUUAUUUAAAAGAGCCAAGGCAAACCUUUGUACAUUCCUGUCUUCUCCAACACCACAUAUAAAACCAGCAGUUUUGUAACCACUGCACUUGCAAAAUAAGAGCUCCUUACUGAUGCAAGCUUUUGCAUCUGCUUUUUCAAGUAUCUUUUAGAUAAGCAAUGCGUUAAUCUGGGUUGCGUUGUCACUUUAAGCCUACUGUCUUUCUCUGCUCUGCCUUUUAUGAUAAAAUGCUGCUUAAAGUUUUAUCCCUACCAUUCAAGUAACGAAUAAGCUGCUUCUCAACCAAAAGUGCUUCUAGAGGGGAUAAAGCAGCUGAGAGAUUUAAAGGAAUUAUCUCAAAUAGUAUUUAUUUUUCACUCUAACUUUUAAGGCAAGGCCUGGACUGUGGCUGUCAACAGAGGAUACUGUUUAACGUAAAGAAAAAUGUAAAGAAAUUAUUUGAGUACAAAGAAAAUGAAAAUGAAAAUCAUGUUACUAUUUAAAAGAGCAAAGACACCCUAAACAAUGUGUUUAUAAUUACAUUUUUAAUAAAUUGACUAGGAAUUGUAUGAAUAUGUAUGUACAGUAUGUUUUUUAACCUUUGUUUCACAGAUAAAUCAAGUGUACGAGGAUAAACUAGAAAAUACCAUCAUGUGACAUAUACUUUCACAUGUAGUAGCGUAAUCCAGUUUAGGGGACUAAAUGUUUUCACUGUCGUGUUGAUUGAAAGGUUAAUAAAAAACUUCAUAAUAAGCAUAAAAAUGAUUUAAAUUUGUGCU